CAACACAUCUCCAUUGUCUUAUUAAUUUCCUGUCUGUAUUUUCUAUAAGUUGGACUACACCAGAAUUCCGCACGGACCAUGAUGGCUUCAAAAAUUACUUUAAUACAUUUGAUAAUUGUUCUUUGUAUAUGCAAAUAUGUUGUCUUGGCGAUUUCGUUACCCUGUUAUUUCAAUGAAAAAUGUCGCUGCACAAGUCUUCAACAACAUACUGAAAUGGGUAGAGAGGUGAUGCUGAAGGUCGAUUGUUCAAACAGAAAAUUACAGGAUAUACCAGAUUUACCAGCAAAUGUGUAUACUUUGAGUUUGAAGAAGAACAAUAUUAAACGGAUAAACGAUUACACGUUUAGUCAUUUGAGACAUCUUUCUGAAUUGGAUAUAUCGUACAAUAAAAUCACACGUCUAAAUAUAUUCUCCUUCAACGGAUUGUCAAAUCUUCUGAUCUUAAAUCUUAACAACAAUCCUUUACCGUACAAUGAAAGUGCAAUUCCAAAUGAAGUGUUUAAAUCGUUGGUAUAUUUGAUACAUAUAAGUAUUAGAUCUUCUGUCCAUUAUAUUUAUUCAUUACCAGAAGUAGCGCUAUCAAGCUUGAAAUUGCUAAAAACAUUAGAAAUAGAUCUUCCAUUAUUUACUUCAUACAAAGUAAUUUUCGGGAAAUGUUUUGACUCUUUAUUACAUCUUGAAACUGUUAAAGUUGGUACAUGCUUCUAUUUUCGGAUAAAAAACGACACUUUCUCUCAUUUGGUUCACUUGAAGAAAAUAUACUUUGACAUAUUGUGUGAGAUCUCAAUUCUACCUGAAUCACACCAUGGUUUGCAAAAUCUGCACAAAAUAGAAAUGCAUUAUUUCUAUAAUUAUGAUGUUUUUUCACUUGGCGAUGCAAUUAAAGAAUUGAGCAUGACACCUGUUCAGACGAUUAUCUUUAGAAAUACAUUUGUGCAUGGAACAGUAGAUAAUAUUCACGUAUGGAACAUACUUGCCUCUGGUUUACACGAUUCGUCAGUACGACAUUUGCAAAUUACGGAAAACAACCCAGAUGGUCUUUUUCCAGUAUCGCGAAUAGACCCUGUUCCACCAUCAAUACUAACAUUAAACCUUUCAAGUAACAAACUUGACCAUUUUGUAUUGGAAUUGACGAAUGUACAGAAACUAAUACUACGAGACAACCAUCUUGGGGAUCUUUUGUGUUUGAAAAUUGAUAACAAACACAGGGGAAGAAAUUCCAAACUAGAAUACGUUGAUAUAUCUACAAAUAAUAUUUACAAAUUAAAACACUCAAUAUUCCAGGGACACGUAGAACUAAGAUAUAUCAAUUUAAGUCACAACCAUUUACAAGAAGUCUUAUUUGACUUGUCACGGUCAAAUAAUCUAAGUUUAUUAGAUUUAUCCAACAAUUCCAUCUCAGCUUUUGAUCAGAAUUCAAUGAGAAUGUUUGAUAAUAUUUCUCUAACUUCUAACCUUACGAUUUAUUUAUUAAAUAAUUCAUUACAAUGCACAUGCAAAACAUUGAUAUUUUGGAAAUGGGUAGUCGUAACUCGUGUGAAAGUAUUCUUUGAUCGAAGAUGUUCAUCUGAGGAUGGAGUUGUCAUUCGAUUCGUUUCUACAAAUAAAAGAAUUCAAGAGUUAGAAAAAGAGUGCAUAUCAUAUGUCAGUUUCAUCAUCAUUGCUUCAAUUGUUCUGGUGGCUACUCUGAUUUGUAUCGCUUUUGCCGUUGUUUAUAAAUACAGAUGGAAACUUCGAUAUAUGUUUUACCUUGCUAAAAGCAAACAACAUAGACAUAAGGCAAGCACUGAUUGUAAACAUUAUGUAUAUGAUGCUUUUAUUUCUUACUGUGAGCAUGACAAUUCAUUUGUCAUAAAUGAUUGCAUUAAAAACUUAGAAAUGGAAAGAAACUUCAAACUAUGUUUACAUCAACGCGACUUUAUACCAGGUGAAGAAAUUACGACUAAUAUAACAAAUGCAAUACAUGAAAGCAGAAAGACUAUAUGCAUUGUAACGAAACACUUUUUCGAUUCUUAUUAUUGUAUGUUUGAGUUUAAUAUGGCCCGAAUGGAAAGCAUUUAUUCAAGAGAUAAAAGGAACAUUAUUUUUCUGAUAUUUUUAGAGCAAAUUCUACCUCAAAAUAUGCCCCUGAUGUUGUUAGAACUUGUACAAAAAGACUCGUAUAUUGAGUAUCCAAAUGAUGAACAAGGAGAUAUUGUAUUCUGGGAGAAAAUAGACGAAGCAUUGCGUCAAUAACAUUUAAUGUGGUACAAAGAAAUUACACGUAGAUAACUCUGAAAAAAUCGGCAUGACGUUUUACUCACGUUCUAUUGUUAAGGAAAUAUUACGCUUCUUAAUGUUCAAAAUAAGUGUUUGUCAAACUGCUAUUUAUCCAAUGAAAAAAAUAAAAUGUGUUAAAGAGACAACAAAAAUAUUAUGAAAAUUAAAAUAGUCAAAUUAGUUUUAA